UCUCAUUAUUUCUUCUUAAAUCAUUACAAUCAUCACAAAGCCAUCGCAAAUUAGAAGAGAUUUAAGAUGGCCAACAACAUCUCCUUUCCUUGCGCCAUCAUAUUUUUCUCUAUCAAUAUUUUCUUCUUAAUCAAGUCAUCACACGCAAUGCCAUCGUUUAACGUCCAAAGGUACGGAGCUAGAGGUGAUGGGAGAGCAGAUGCGACCAAGUCCUUUUUGACAGCUUGGUCAUUAGCCUGCGGCUCACGGGCUCGAGCCAUGGUCUACGUUCCCCGUGGAACAUAUUUGGUCAAAAACCUAGUCUUUUGGGGUCCUUGCAAGAACAUUAUAACUUUCAAAAACGAUGGAACACUCGUGGCUCCAGCGAACUACUGGGAUAUAGGUAAUUCCGGUUAUUGGAUUCUUUUCGCUAAAGUAAACCGGAUCUCGGUUUACGGUGGCACCAUUGAUGCUAGAGGAGCUGGUUAUUGGUCUUGUAGAAAGAAAGGUAGUCAUUGUCCUCAAGGUGCAAGGUCUAUAUCGUUCAGCUGGUGCAAUAACGUUCUACUAAGUGGUCUAUCGUCGUUUAAUAGCCAGAAUAUGCACGUCACGGUUCAUCAUUCUUCUAAUGUUCGGAUUGAAAACGUAAGAAUUAGGGCUCCAAGUGGAAGCCCUAACACCGAUGGUAUCCACGUACAGUCUUCUUCUGGAGUCACCAUUAGUGGCGGAACCAUUGCGACCGGUGAUGACUGCAUUGCACUUAGUCAAGGAUCUAGGAACAUUUGGAUCGAACGUGUCAAUUGUGGACCGGGACAUGGAAUCAGCAUUGGGAGUCUUGGGGAUUACGCUAAUGAGGAAGGUGUGCAAAAUGUAACCGUUACGAGCUCUGUUUUCACCAAGACGCAGAACGGAGUAAGAAUAAAGACAUGGGCUAGGCCUAGCAGAGGGUUUGUGAAUAAUGUGGUAUUUCGAAAUUUGAUAAUGAAUAAUGUUGAAAAUCCGGUGAUAAUCGAUCAAAACUAUUGUCCUAAUGGAAAAGGUUGUCCUCGCCAGGUAUAUAAUCUAGUCAAUUUAGCUUAACUCAAAUCCUAAAUCUAGUCUUUAUUUAAUGGAAUCUUAUUAUGAUUGAUCAAACAGAGCUCUGGAGUGAAGAUAAGUGGAGUGACUUUUGCAAACAUAAAGGGGACAUCAACAACACCAAUAGCAAUGAAGUUGGAUUGUAGUGGAAGCAAUCAUUGCACAGGGCUUAGGUUACAAGACAUUAAGCUUACUUACAUGAGAAGAUCAUCAGCUUCUUAUUGUAGGAACGCCCAUGGACGAGCCUCUGGAGUUAUGGUUCCAAGGAAUUGUAUGUGAAAUCAUGAUCCAUGAUUAUUUAUUUGGGUUUAUAUAGUACAUGUAAACCCUAAAAUUGUUGGAUGUAGAUAUAUUCUAAAGUGAUAUUUGUUUGAUGUUUUUAUAACCUUAGAUUCAUCCGAAUUUGAAUGUGGUGAAACUCUUUGGUGUGAAUGAAAUUGAAAAAAAGGAAAAAGAGAGAAGAAAUCAAUUUGAUUGUUCGCUUAUCAAUGUGCUUGUGCCA